AUGUCUUCCCAAAACAUCAGCGAGAAAGGAGGGGAUAUCGAUGUUCGGGGAACGACCCCUUCCCAUAGCGAUGUCGAUGUUCCCGAGGCUGACAUCGACGAUGCGUGGAAAUUCCUCAACGAGCAUCGUGAUGCCGCUGGCGUUGCCGCCGUCAACAUCAAGUCUCUUCGGCUCAAGAUUGACCUGCACAUUGUCCCCAUCAUGUUUCUCUGCUACACAAUGCAGUUUCUUGACAAGGUCAUCCUGAAUUAUGCCGCUGUCAUGGGCCUCAAUGCAGACCUGCAUCUUCAGGGCAACGACUUUUCAAACGUUGCCACGUUUUGCUUUGUCGGCUUGCUCUGCUUUGAAAUCCCCAAUACCUACUUCCUCCAAGUCGUCCCAGCUGCCAAGUGGCUCGGACUCAAUGUCACCCUCUGGGGCGUUGCCACUGCUUGCGGUGCCGCCGCUCACAACUACCAGACGCUGCUCGUCUCUCGUGUCUUCCUGGGUAUCUUCGAGGCGACCAUUGGACCUUCUUUGAUGCUCAUUAGCAGCCAGUGGUAUACAAAAUCUGAGCAGGCUCCUCGCUUCUCCUUCUGGUAUCUCGGCCUGGGCCUGGGUCAGAUCCUCGGCGGUGCCAUUUCGUACGGCUUCCAGCAUGUCACUCCUGGCGCUUCCCUCGCUGGCUGGCGUAUCAUGUUUGUCGUCUUGGGAUGCGUCACCGUUGUCAUUGGUCUCUCCGCCUUCUUCUUCUUGCCCGACACCCCCAUGAAGGCCUCCUGGCUAUCCGAUAACGAGAAGGUUGCUCUGCUGAAGCAUGUCAGUGUCAACCAGACUGGUAUCCAGAGCCGCAAGUUCCGCCCAAAGGAGAUUGUGGAGGCCCUCCUUGAUCCUCAGAUCUGGCUUCUCCUCUUGUCUGUUGUUCUUCUCUCUGUCUCUAGUGGUGUCGUUACGACAUACUCUGCCACUUUGAUCAAGAAUUUGGGCUACAAGCCGGCCCAGGCUGCCUUGAUGAACAUGCCCUCGGGCGCCAUUAGCAUUUUCUUCACCCUGCUAGUCGGCUUUGGCGUUCGCAAACAAUCCCACCGAUGGGCUUGGAUUAUUGUCUGCAUCAUUCCUGCUAUCAUUGGAGGUGCCUUGAUGUCUUUCCUUGAUUCCAAGACUCAUUCUUCGGGCGUCUUGGCCGGCAUCUACCUGGUCAAUGCAGUUGUUGCUCCCUUGCCCCUCUUCUACGCCUUGACUGUUGCCAACGUCAGUGGUGCUACCAAGCGUGCCUUUGCCGCUGCUAUUGUUAGCGGUUCGUUCUCUCUGGGCAACAUUAUUGGCCCCCAGACCUUCCAGGCCCGUGACGCGCCCGACUUUCGACCUGCCAAGCUGGCAGUCAUGGGCACUCAGGCUGGUUGUGCCGCAACUACCUUUGCACUCUUCCUCUACUAUGUGUGGUGCAACAAGAGGCGUGGCGACCGCAGCAAGGAGAACGAGGAGCAGUUUAUGUCUCCUGAGGUCUGGGCUACCAUGACAGAUAAGGAGAACAAGAUGUUCCGAUACUCUUAUUAA